GAUAUUCAGGUUUUUUCUUUUCUAAAAUUAUUUUGUAUAUUUCAAAUAUUUCAAUAUUGAAUAUUCGUAAUUCUUAUACCAAUUAACAUAAAGAGUUACUGAACUUUUAUUGAUUUGUCGUAUUUGAUCUCAUGUUAGUAUUAAAAUUCUAAACAGAUAAUACAUAUUUCAAUAAAAUGGAUGAUUCAUCAGAUUCUCCAAUUGUAUGGGAGAGUGAAUCUUUAGAAGAAGAAAAACAAAAAUGGUUUAUAAAACAACAUAUCAUGUUUUUAAUUGAUGCUUCAAAACCAAUGUUCAAUACUUAUAAUGACACAACUUUUUUUGCAGCAAGUAUUGCACUUUGCAAAAAAGUAGUUCUGAAACUUAUUAAAGAGAGUAGAAAUGAUAAAAUAGGUAUAUUGAUAUACGGUACUAACGACGAAAAUAUAAAAUGUCCCAAGUAUAUUAAUGUGUUAUCCAAACCAAUGAAACCUAAUGUUCAAUUAAUUAAAAUGCUUGAUGAUAUACUUACUGCUAAACUUAUUAAAACUGGACAAGGUAUUCUUUCACCACUCUCUGAUGCAGUAUGGUAUGGUAACUAUCUUAUAAAAAAAUGUAGUGAAAAUCAAAGCUGUAGUACUAUUAUGCUCAUAACAUGCAAUGAUCAACCUGAUAUAGGCGAUUCUAAAAAACAAUUCCAUCUAAGAACAAGAAUCGAUGAUGUGAUUAAAAAUAAAAUUGAUUUUAAGCUUAUACCUAUUGGUACAACAUUUAACAUGAAUCUUUUCUAUGAAGGUCUCCUUAAGAACUUCCACAGUAUCUCCAAACCCAUCAAUGGGUUAGAAAGUAUAGAUGAUAUUAUGUUUGAAAUCAAUGACAAAUUGAAACAUGGUAGAAGUGUAUCUAAAAUAAAAUUCUUUGUUAAUGAAAACUUUUAUAUAUCUACUUCAUUAUACAGAUUUUAUACAAAAUCAAAAAUACCACCAAAAGUUAAGCUGGACAAAAGGACUAAUAAACCAUUAACUAUUGAUACUCAAGUAUUUACAUUAAACACUAAUGAGUUAAUGUAUAAAUCAGAUCAAGCUAAAUAUUUGGUUACUGCAGAACAAAAAGUAAUAUUUAAAAAUGAAGAUAUAGCAGUUCUGAAAAAUGGUGUUAUAGAACCUGGUAUUAAAUUACUUGGUUUUACAAACAAAGAAAAUAUUAUGAUAUUGUAUCAUUUUAAAACUUCUAUUUUUCUGCGCCCUAAUAAUUAUAUUGUAGAAGGUAGCACACGUAUGUUUAAUACUCUUCUUGAAUGCUGCUUAGAAGAAAAUAAAUGUAUAAUGUGCUUCAUAAAAAUUCGGAAAGGAGGAAAAGUUCAUUUAUCUGCCCUGAUACCUCAAGCUGAAAUUAUAAACGAAACUGGUACUCAAAGCCAUCCUUCAGGAUUUCAUGUAAUAUUUUUGCCAUUUCAUGAAUGUUUGAAACCAGUAAAACCAACAAAAGACUGUAAGUCGUUAGAGGAUACUCAAAUAUCAAUAGGUAAGAAAAUUUGUGAAAGCAUGCCCAUCAAUUAUUAUCCAGCACUGAUUAAGAACCCUAAAAUAAACUUUCAUUGGGCGAUGUUAGAAGCUAUGGCAUUAGAAUCAGAAAUACCAGAAAUUUUAGACGAAACACUUCCAGCAAAUGAUGUUUUUGAAAAAAGUUUGAGUACAAUAAAAAAUGAUAUACACAAAUAUCUAUUCUCCAGUAGUGAAAAUCUGCCAAAUCAAUCAACCAUAAAACCAAAUUUUAGUAGUCAACGCGUUAGUGGAAAAGAAAGAAAAAGAAAAAACUUGCAAUAAUUAGAAGAAAACACAGUAAUGAUCAAGAAAGUUUGAAACAUUUUAAAGUAGGAAUCAAUUAUUUUUAUAGCAACUACAGUACCUAAAGAUUACAAUACAGUUAAGAUAUUGUGAUGUAUGAUAAAGUUUUUUUGUAGGUUCUUUUUAUAUUUGUAUAAAAUAAUUAAAUUAAUAUGUAUUGUCUAUUCUAUAAACUAUUAACAUAAAAAAACUAUUUUUAUUUGUAUUAUUAAAUGUAUAGAAAGUGUAUUAUUCCUUUCCCACCAUAAAGCUUGCAUUUG